AAUGAAAUAUGACGAAAAGGGGUAAAUUGCAACGUGAUAUAUCACGGUGACUUUUUUCCCCCCGAUUAAAUCGUUGAUGUGCAAUUGCACUUUGUGCUCUUAACAUUGCCUUGUUUAUCAGGCCCCUGCGAAGGCGCUAGGUUUAGCCGCCAAGGCCCCCGGGAUGCGUUGCUGGGAGCGACGGCGGAAGCGACGGUGGAGGCGCCACUGGUCGGUCACCAUCCCGAUGUCCCAAAUACUGCUCCUUAUCUUGGAUUAAAAUGGGGUUGGACAUGGACCCCAUGUUCUUAGCCUGGAGCUAUUUCAGGAGACGCAAGUUCCAGUUUUGUGCCGACAUCUGCACGCAGCUGCUGGACGAAAAUGCGUAUGACCAGGCCGCAUGGAGCUUGAAAACUCGAGCCUUGACCGAGAUGGUAUAUGUGGAUGAAGUAGAUGUAGAACAAGAAGGAAUAGCAGAAGUAAUGCUGGAUGACAGUUCUAUUGCACAGAUUGCUCGACCAGGAACUUCUUUAAAACUUCCAGGAGUUAAUCAAGGAGGUGGUCCAAGCCUGGCAGUCAGACCCAUGUCUCAGUCUGGAAGACCCAUUACUGGGUUUGUGAGACCAGGCACCCAAUCUGGCAGACCUGGCACCAUGGAGCAAGCUAUCAAGACUCCAAGAACUGCUUAUACAGCCCAACCAGUGACAAGUGCUUCUGGUAGAUUUGUUAGGCUGGGAACGGCAUCCAUGCUUACGAACCCUGAUGGACCCUUUAUUAACAUAUCCAGAUUAAAUCUAGCCAAAUAUGCUGGGAAGGCAAAUUUAGCUAAGACAUUAUUUGAAUAUAUAUUUCACCAUGAAAAUGAUGUCAAAACUGCAUUAGAUUUAGCAGCACUUGCUACUGAGCAGUCUCAAUUUAAGGACUGGUGGUGGAAGGUACAAAUUGGAAAAUGUUAUUACAGAUUAGGUUUGUAUCGUGAAGCAGAGAAACAAUUUAAAUCUGCAAUAAAACAACAGGAAAUGGUUGAUACAAUACUUUAUCUGGCAAAGGUCUACAUUCGUUUAGACCAGCCAUUGACAGCUUUAAGCCUUUUCAAGCAAGGGCUGGACCGUUUCCCAGGGGAGGUCACACUGCUUACAGGAAUAGCUCGUAUAUAUGAUGAAAUGAACAACAUCGUAUCAGCAACUGAAUAUUAUAAGGAAGUUUUAAAACAAGAUAAUACAAAUGUAGAAUCCAUUGCCUGCAUUGGGAGUAACCAUUUUUAUUCCGACCAACCAGAGAUUGCACUACGAUUCUAUAGGCGACUUCUCCAAAUGGGUGUUUAUAAUUGUCAGCUCUUCAACAACCUGGGGCUCUGCUGUUUUUAUGCACAACAGUAUGACAUGACUCUGAGUUCAUUUGAAAGAGCACUCUCCCUAGCUGUGAAUGACGAGGAAGUUGCAGAUGUAUGGUAUAACCUUGGCCAUGUUGCAGUGGGAACCGGGGAUACAAAUUUGGCCCAUCAAUGUUUUAAGCUGGCACUGGCCAACAACAACAAUCAUGCUGAAGCUUAUAACAAUUUAGCAGUCCUGGAGAUGCGCAAAGGGCAUCAUGAACAGGCCCGGGGACUUCUGCAGACAGCUGCUGCUCUGGCUCUGCACAUGUACGAACCACAUUAUAAUUUUGCUGCACUUUCAGAUAAGGUCGGAGAUCUUCAGAGCAGUUAUGUAGCUGCACAGAAAUCAGCAACUGCAUUUCCAGAACAUGUUGACACUCAACAAUUAAUCAAACAACUGCAGCAACACUUUGCCAUGCUUUAAGUAACCAAUCCCUAAUGAUUGUGUAAUAUUGUUGAGAGGAAAACUGCAUAAUUUAGUUUUUGUAUUUUAUUGCAGUUAACAAUGGUUUAGUGAACACUAAGACCAAUAUCAUUCUGUAAUGACAAAUCUGAGAGUCGUUUAAUGGAGAAUGAGUUAGUUCUUUGUGCAUGCGAAUCAAUGUCAGAAUGGAAUCAACCUCCUAUUCUGUACAGACAUUGGUAAUUUCAUUCAGUUUCUCUGUAUAAAAUGUUUUUUAAAAAUGUUGAUUUAAAAAAAAGUUCAAUUAAUAUAAAGAAGCUGUCUUGGAAAAAAACAAUGUUGCAUUUUAAAAAUUGUGUUUCUAUUGCACCAUUGUUUCUUAAGAACACACUCGGUUUCCCUGUGGAUAGAGUUGAUAAGCAAUUGCUUUUAUUGACACCCGUGCAACUAUACUCUAUUAAAUAAUGUGGCACGCAGUCUUCAGCAUUUUUAGCUUGCAGUGACAAAAAUAGACUUGCAGCUAUUAAAUAGACCUCUAUUUUCGAAAAUCCUGCAGGAAAAAUAACUUAUUGUGAGUCUGAAACACUCUAGCUCUUAACCAUUUUUUCCUCAUUAAUGCACUUAUUUUUAUAACAGGUAUUUCUAUAACAUAAAGUUUCUUAAAAGCCCUACUAUAUGUAUCUUGAAAAAUGGCUUGCAGGCACUGAUAAUAAGACCAGCAGGUGUGGGAGUUAACUGAAAGUAGAUCUAAAAAUUGAGUCUUGCAAAGGUGAAAACUCAUGAAACAUUGAAAAUUAACAAGUCUAAAAUUAGACGCAAUGCUAUGUAAUUUUAGAACCGUGUAGCUUUAAUAUUCAAAUUGCAUUUCAUUAAUUAUUUAUUUAAAAGGUAAAAGUUUAGUAUUUCUGCAAUAUUUCAACUGUAUUAUAGAAUCUCCACCACAAAUUGUCACUAAAUUUAACAGUUACUGCUUUAUCCAUUGCUUUCCUAAUAUUUAAGUAUGUUUACUGUAGUUUGAUGUUGUGUCAAUGCUUUCUUUUGUAUAUCUAAAAAAUUGCAUUUGCAACUGUUAUAUUUUAUUGCCUAAUGCAACUUAUGUCUGCAUUAAUAAUCCUCAUGCCAAAUUUUAAAAUUGAUUUGAAUUCAUCACUACCAUUGUUAUUUUACAUUGUUAUCUGUAUUGCCCCUCUUAAUAUUUGUAACUGUGCUGUAUUACAUAAUUUAAAUAAACAUGAGAGUUAAUUUAUGCAAAGCAAAAUCCA